AUGAAUUGCUGCUGCGUAAGCCUGUUUUAGCAACUAUUAGUUCAACAACUCUCUCCUUCCACAAGCCUUGUCCACUCAACACCGUCAAUCCUUCAUGUCGACUGAUACGUCAGUGUUACAUUCGAGAGAAGCCACAGGUUUGGCCAGCAUUCCCCCUACCGCCGAACCUCGCAGCAAUAGUAGCACCGAAUCAUAUAUUCGCACUGCUUCUCCAACCAACGUCGUUGAAAACACUACGACCGGACCCGACAGCCUGUCUAUUCUCACUUCUGACCAGGACGCCGAAGACGCUCUCACCAGUGCAAGAGAUCACCCGUGCGUCACUUCGCAAGGAACCCGUGCGGUGGUGUCGCUUUUUGUGCCAGCGAAGAAGAUUGUGGAGGAGCCUACCAAGAUGGACAGUUUGAAGGCAAUCGUCUUUGCUUCAUGGCUCAACCCUCUUCUCAUCUUCGUCCCCAUCUCCUGGGCCCUCAAUUUUGCUCUGGACCCCGAUAAGUCAUCUAAUAAGAAUACAGUCGUUUUCGUCACUGUUUCCCUAGCGAUAAUACCUCUCGUUAGGCUCCUCUCUUUCGGGACGGAGCAACUUGCCAUACGACUUGGACAAACUCUUGGCGGUCUGUUACAUGUCACGCUGCGCAAUGUUGUCGAGUUGCUUGUUGGUACAAUCGCCCUUGUACAAGGCAGAUUGAGGGUUGUCCAAAGUUCAUUGGUAGGCUCGAUCCUGUCGAACCUGCUUCUAGUCCUCGGCACGUGCUUCUUCGCGGGCGGCACCCGCUUUGCGGAGCAGGGAUUUAUGGAGACUGGGGCGCAGCUCAAUGUUUCACUUUUGGUUUUAAGUGUCACUGCUAUCCUCAUUCCUGCUGUAUUCAAGGUAGCAACUACCUGGAACCCCCAACAUAGUGAUCAAGAGGGCGAUGUGCUUCGUGCCAGCCAUGGGGUUGCCGUAAUCCUUCUCGCUAAUUACAUUUCGUACUUGAUUUUUCAGCUCUGGUCGCACGCGCACCUCUACAAUGAGAAGAGCGUGGGCAAUGAUCGUUCCCCUUCGAAGCAAUACCCUCCCAAGAACCGAGCCCGAUCUGAGCCAGCGAACAAUAAGGUGAAGAAGCAUUCAAGAAGGAAGAAGAGUAACGGCACUAGUUUGGACUCCACAGAGGAACUAAUGGGGCGAUCAAAUAGAGUAGAAGGCACCAGCACUGUGGUUCAGGAUGGAACCGUGAAGGCAGAAAAGGGUUUAGGAACUUCGGCUGAGGAUGAGGAGACUCCACAGUUGACUGUGGCGAUCGCGAUUGGACUUUUGGUCAUGGUGGUUGGCUUCAUGAGUUUCACCACUGUGCACCUCGUUACCUCUGUCGAUGGGCUAACGAAAUCUGGUUACGUCCCCGCGGAAUGGGCAGGUCUCAUUCUUCUCCCUCUGUUGGGAGAUGUCGCCGAACUCGUUACUGCCGUGUCCGGCUCUGUGAAGGAUAAGUUGGAUAUUUCGAUUGGUGUGGCCGUUGGAUCCUCGAUUCAGAUUGCCCUCUUCGUCCUUCCAUUUCUCGUUAUUUGGGGGUGGAUCAUAGAGAAACCUCUCACGUUCCUCUUUGAUCCCUUUGAGAGCAUCGUUCUUUUCCUGGCUGUUCUCACCGUCGCGUUUGGCAUAAGUCACGGUAGGAGUAAUUGGUUAGAAGGUGUCAUAUUACUGGGUUUAUAUUGUAUACUGGCCACGGUAUUUUGGUGGUAUCCUGGAUCGUGACCCAGGCUUGCAUCUCAUUCCGUUUGAUCCAUACCUCUUACAUUGC